GCAACAAUUUAAACUUGUGCUUUUUUGUCUAUCUGAAAAUUUUGUAUUUUACAAAACUGCCUAUCUUCCCUAAUGUUAUGUUAUGUCACAAGAGUGCAUGGGAGAAUACACGAUCUAUAGCACCAGUUUUUGGGACAUGGGCAGACACAAUGAUGACAGAGACAGAGACCGGGACAGUAGAAGAGGGGGCAGCAUGAGCAGAAGCAGUCGGAGGGGACGGAGCAGAAGCAGCGAACACAUACAGGUGUACAUUGGAAAUGUGGCCAGUGACGUCACUGAGAAGGACAUGGGCAGACUGUUCAAGGGCUUCGAUGUGCUGGACAUCAGCGUCAAGGCCAACAACUUUGCAUUUGUGACUUUUGGGAACAUGAAGGACGUCAGGGAAGCAAUUAGACUAUAUAACAAUUCCAACUUCAUGGGAAGGAAAAUCUCAGUAGAACGAGCUCGUGGGACAGACUGGAGCAAACAGAACAGCAACAGAGACGAUGACUUUUACAGUCGCAGAGGAAGUUUUCGCGACCGGAGGUCUAGAAGUAGGAGCAGAAACCGAAACAGAAGCAGAAGUGAUUCGAGGAGUUACGAGAUGCUAGUUACAAACCUCUCAUCGCGUACAGGAAAGACUGAGUUAUUUGACCUGGCUAACAAAUAUGGAGACGUGACUUCCUGUAAGAUAGUGAAGGACGAUCGGUCAGCAAUCGUUUCGUUCCGAAAUGAACCCAGUCUUUCGCGAGCUCUUGAGAAGAUGGAUGGAAAGACGCUGAAUGGCCGACAAAUGAAAUGUGAGCUGAGACAGGCGGAGUCGUCUCGUUCGAAGAGGAAAAAUAGGAAGGGAUCAUCGUCCAGAUCCAAAUCGAGGUCAAGGUCAGAUUCAAGGUCGCGAAACGGAAGAAAGGAAAACGAGCAUGACCGAGAAAAAGAGAAAGAAAGGUCAAGGUCGCGAUCCUUUUCUUCGCCGAAGAGUUCGCAUGGCCGAAAGAGGUCAAGCUCAUCGGGAAGCCGAAAGUAAAAAUGAAACUCAAAAAUGUGGGUGGCGAGAAGAUAAAAUCUUCACGAAGCAAUCACGCAUUUGCGAGCUUUUUAAAACUAUUAAUCUGUUUAUUUAAAUCAUUUGGUAUCGCAUUGAAUGCUGAACCAGGAAUGGAAUCAACCCUGUUUAUACUUCUUUAAUCUGUUUAUUUCAGACUGUUCGAUUUUGAAUUGUUGCAUGCUUAUUACUUCAUUGUUAGUGUUAGCAGUAUUAAAUUUGAAUGAAAUGUAUGUUAUUCUGUUUUGAACUGAAAUUGCAUUGCGUUUCAUGAGAACGUUGCUAUCUAUAUUCACGUUUUUAGAAUCAAAUAA